UCCUGGACAGUGUGGGAUGUUCCCUCUGAUUCAGGCCCUCAAUGCAUCAGUCUCUCCCAUUUUUUUCCUCGCAGAAUCUGAACCUGGAGGCCAGGACACUGUCUGGCACUGGUUUGGUGUUCGAUGAACAGCUAAAUGAAUUCCACUGCCUCUGGGAUGACAGCUUCCCGGAACGCCCAGAGCGGCUCCAUGCCAUCAAGGAGCAACUGAUCCAGGAGGGCCUCCUGGACCGCUGCGUGUCCUUUCAGGCCCGAUUCGCCGAAAAGGAGGAGCUGAUGUUGGUUCACAGCCUAGAAUAUAUUGAUCUGAUGGAAACGACCCAGUACAUGAACGAGGGGGAGCUCCACGUCCUAGCAGAUACCUAUGACUCAGUUUAUCUGCAUCCGAACUCAUACACCUGUGCCUGCCUGGCCUCAGGCUCUGUCCUCAGGCUGGUGGAUUGCAGUCCUGGAGGCUGAGAUCCGGAAUGGCAUGGCCAUCAUCAGGCCUCCUGGACACCAUGCCCAGCACAGUCUCAUGAUGGAUAUUGCAUGUUCAACCACGUGGCCGUGGCUGCCCGUAUGCUCAAGAAGCACGAUAUUCAGAG